AUCUGUGCACAAGACCCAACUGGCAACACUGGUGCAGUGUGCUAAAAAAAAAUCGGUGAAAAAUGAAAUUAUUGAAAAUGAUUAGAAAUAUUCACGAAAUAUUUAAAUAAAAAACGACCUUUUAUUCUGUUUUGUUAGCUUUUAUGGUGUGUUUCCCAAUGAUUACGACGAUUCUUCGUUGAGAUAUCUGAAAACCAAAUUAUCUUCAUUACCAUUACCUGUUAACGAUAAUAUUGAAAGAUGGAUGUCGAUACGGACGGCAGGCGCUCCCGCUCCCGCAGCAAGUCCGCCGAGUCGCAGUCCAGGAUGUCGCUCGACGGCUCGGCGCGCUCCUCGUCGUGCAGCGGCUCGCGCGCCUCCUCGCCGACCGGUUCGCGCAGGUCCAGGUCUCGGAGCACUUCUCCGAGGAAUUCGAGAUCCGGGAGCGGCUCGCCACGAAAUUCGAGAUCUAAAAGCGGUUCUCCUCGAAAGUCCAGAUCUCGAAGCGGUUCUUCGAGAAGAUCCAGAUCUAGAUCGGGGAGCGGUUCGGUCGCGUCGAGGGUGAGGUCCAGAAGCGGGUCUCCCGCGAAGUCGCGCUCCCGGAGCGGAACACCGCGCAAGUCGCGGUCGAGGAGUGGCUCCGGCUCCAGGAGUCGUUCGCGCAGCGGCUCGCCCGCAGGCGCGCCCGGGCGUUCCGGCCCUGACAGCGGCUCGAAGAUCAAAUCCAGAUCUCGAAGCGAGUCACCCGGAGAGACAAGAUCCAAGAGCGGGUCCCCCGGAAGAUCUAGAAGUAGAUCUGCGAAGUCCAGAUCCCGAAGCGGGUCAAAAGACCGAUCCCGUUCUAGAAGCGGUUCCCUCGUUAACUCUCGUAGAAACUCAAAGUCAAAGAGUAAAUCCCCGAGUAAAAUGAUAACAGGGUCACCGGGAAGGUCCAGAAGUAAAUCUGUGGAGGCGCAGGAGCGCAGCGGCUCCGUCGAGAACAUGGACGUCGACGGAGAGGACGCCGCCCGUCCGCGCUCCGCCGCCGCGGGCGAUCGAGAGAACCGUUCGCGAUCGGGGUCGCGCAAGUCUGCCUCGCGCUCCCGCUCGCGGUCCCGCUCGGGCUCGAAGCGCAAGUCGCGCUUGCGGUCCCGCUCGGGCUCAGCUCGCAUGUCGCGCUCGCGAUCCCGCUCGGGCUCAGCGCGCAAAUCGCGCUCGCGGUCCCGCUCGGGCUCAGCGCGCAAGUCACGCUCUCGGUCCCGCUCGGGAUCGGCCCGCAAGUCACGCUCUCGGUCCCGCUCGGGAUCGGCCCGCAAGUCACGCUCCCGGUCCCGCUCGGGAUCGGCCCGCAAGUCACGCUCCCGGUCCCGCUCGGGAUCGGCCCGCAAGUCACGCUCUCGGUCCCGCUCCGGCUCAGCACGCAAAUCUCGCUCGGCGUCGCGCUCACGCUCCGGGUCCCGCUCCCGCUCGGGCUCCGCCAAGUCCAGAUCCAGGUCGCGCUCCGGCUCGCGCUCGCCCGCGCGCGGCCCGAAGCGGCGCGCCGUGCGCCUGGCGUCGGACGAGCCGGCCGCGCCGCCGCCCGCCGCGCCCGCCGCCGACUCGUCCGACGACGAGCCGCCCGCCGACAUGAAGAGCGCCGAGGCGGCGGGCGGCGUGUCGGACUUCGAGCUGAUGCUGGCGCGCAAGCGCGACGAGCGGCGCGGCCGGCGGCGGCGGCGCGACAUCGACAUCAUCAACGACAACGACGACCUGAUCGCGCAGCUGCUGCAGCAGAUGCGCCAGGCGGCCGAGGACGACCGCGAGCUGAACCGGCGCAACCAGCCCGCCGUGCGCAAGGUGUCCAUGCUGAAGCGCGCCAUGUCGCAGCUCAUCAAGAAGGACCUGCAGCUGGCGUUCCUGGAGCACAACGCACUCAACGUGCUGUGCGACUGGCUGGCGCCCAUGCCCAACCGCGCGCUGCCGUGCCUGCUCAUCCGCGAGAGCGUGCUGCGCCUGCUGCACGACCUGCCCGCCAUCGACAAGGCGCUGCUCAAGCAGUCGGGCAUCGGCAAGGCCGUCAUGUACCUGUACAAGCACCCCAAGGAGACCAAGGCCAACCGCGAGCGCGCCGGCCGCCUCAUCUCCGAGUGGGCGCGGCCCAUCUUCAACCUGUCCACCGACUUCAAGGCCAUGACGCGCGAGGAGCGCCAGGCGCGCGACGAGGCCAUGGCGGGCCCGCGCCGCGACGAGCCCGGCCCGUCCGCCAAGCGCGCGCGCGACGAGCCCGAGCGCGCGCUGCGCCCCGGCGAGCCCGGCUGGGUGGCGCGCGCGCGCGUGCCGGCGCCCUCCAGCAAGGACUACGUGGUGCGGCCCAAGUCCACGUGCGAGCUGGACAUGUCGCGGAUGAGCAAAAAGAAGAUGACUCGGUACGAGAAGCAGAUGAAGAAAUUCCUCGACCAGAAGCGGAUGAAGGGCAGCUCGCGGCGCGCCGUCGAGAUCUCCAUCGAGGGCCGCAAGAUGGCGCUGUAGGCGGAUCGCGCACCCCUCCCCUUCCCCGCUGUAUACGUAGAGUGAGCUCUGGUCAUGUAGAGCGGACACAAGACACACUCUGUACUA